UUACAAAGAGUCACGGCGAGUUGGGGCGACGUUGAAGGGUCACUGGGAUAUGGGACAAUUUUGAAGCAUCGCUGGGAGAUCGGACGAUGUGCAUAGGACCCAUAACUGACUUCAUUCGACGAAAUUUGAAUCUUGAUAUUAUGUUUUUUUGGUGCUUGUCAUGUACGAAAAGUGUUGUUUAUGAACAAAAUUCCGCUUUUUACGCUAUUCCGCAAUAAGGCGGACUGCGUCACAUUUUAGCUCGUCUCCAUUAAAAGACUGGUCGGAUUGCCAAACGGACCACACCUGAUUUCAACCGCCAAGAAAAUGCAGAAAAUAGAAAGUGAUGGCACUUAAAGAAGCCAGGGCUUCCUGCAUAGACCUGCUACUAGUGAUCGGAUUCACGUCAACACUGCUUAACAAAUCCUCUAUCGUCGAAGGGAAAGACGAGCAUACUACACUGGUCUCUAAGUUCUAUGAAAUGAAGCACUGCACGGAUAAGAAACACCAUAUUCGACUAAGCAAUGUAACGUUCACUGCAGGGCGACAUGGCGGAAAUUUAGCCAGUGCAGACGUAAGGUACAAUAAAGGACUAACGUCGAUUACAAGGAUUUCGGCGCUUUUGAACAAAUGUGGCACGGGACCAGAACACUGCGAAUAUUUUACUACCUGGCGUUGGGACAGAGACGUUUGUAAUAUGGUACUUGCAAAGGGAAUGGCCUGGACGCCUAUAGUCAACGCUAUAAAGCCUUCUGUCCACUGCCCAGUUCAGCCGGGCCCAUACCGCAUUGUGAACGCAACAGUCGACUGGGAAUCGUUUGAGAGGUUGAUACCAAUUCUCAAAUUGGAGGAUCAAGUGUUUAAGAUUGCUUUCAUGCUGUACAAUGAACGGAAAGAGCUAAGUAUGUGUAUACAGGCUAUUGUUGGCAUCUUGCGUGUCAGAGCGUAAGCAAUUUUACAAAACAAAUAAAAACAAUUGCUGGAAUAUA